AUGGCUUCAGAGUCUCCCCAGAUGGACAGGUCACCCGAUCCCCGCGAUCAGUCGAUAGCCUCCGACUCCAAUAAGAGAAAAGCGGAACAGGGGAACGGAACGCAGACGCGCACAAAGCGGAAUCGUUACAUCUCCAUUGCAUGUAAUGAAUGCAAACGUCGCAAAAUUAAGUGCAAUGGGCAGGUCCCUUGUCAACGCUGUGGGCAUCUCAAUUUGGAAUGUCGAUAUGCCCCCAAUUGUUGUAAUAACAAUUUCAAGGACUCGGAUGAAUUCCGGUCCAUGACUGAGCAGAUCACUACGCUGCAAGAUCAGGUUAAUAACUUAUUCACUAAUCUCAAUGAUCUCCGCACUCAAAGGACUUUUGAGUCCCCGCCAUUUGAUCCGUUGUCCAGGGAUGGCUCGCAGGUGUUCACUCCUAUGCCAGGAAUACCAAAGCCUCGAUCCCGUCAUCCUCGCUUUCAUGGACCAACUAGCUCGGCUUUUAAUUUUGACGUUGCCAAGUCCAGUCUGCAAAAUAUGGGAAUCACCCCUGCCGAGGAUGGAAUCCCUGAUGACUUAACUACGGCACAUGUUACCCCGGCGGCCUCGCCGCCCUCCCAUAUGGGCCAGCUUCUUCCUACAGUGCAUCCGACGAAAGAUCCUAUAUGGACUAUUCGUCGCGAAGAAGCAUUGCGGCUCUGCAAGGUUUAUGAGGAGGAGAUUGGAAUCAUGUAUCCUGUGGUGGAUAUUGCGAAGAUUACCAGCCAGGCAACUUUGCUGUACACAUUCAUAGAGGCUGCAACUAGGACGGGGUUUGCGCAAAGGGGACUCCCAGGUUCUGAUGGUCUGCAUGAUGAAGCUUCCAUCAUUUUGAAAUUGAUCCUUGCUACCACGCUGGUCGUGGAGGGAGGAGGCCAAAGUGAGCUGGGUCAGAGCCUUUACCUGAGUGCGAAACCUUUCAUUGAAUCCAAGUUGUGGGAACCUCAUAGCAUCAAGACUAUUCAGCUGUUUGCUAUUGUGGCCACAUAUCAUUUCCAUACCGAUGACGAUGCGAUGGCUUACCGUGUCAUUGGAUUGGCGGCGAGGAUGUGUCUAGAGAUGGGAUUGCACCGCCGGGAUGCGAUGGUUAAAUCAUUCCCGAACGAAGAACAUUGGGAUGAAAUCACCCGGUUGUUCUGGUCGGUCUACAGUCUCGAUAGACGGUGGAGUUUGGGCACGGGGUUGCCGUUUGUCAUUCAGGAUGAGGACAUUGAUCCUAAUCUGCCGGAGCCUGAUGCCUCUCUGCCGUAUUUACGGUGCAUGAUUCUGUAUAACCGCAUCAGCUCAAAGAUCUGGUACUCGGGCCUAGGCUCCGAGGGUACAACAGAUAUCCGCCGCGAUGAAAUCGGAUAUCUGGAUUAUCAAAUCCUCCAAUGGUACAAGCAGGUACCCGACGAACUCAAGUUCUACCCCGUCGAAUCCCCCAAGAACGGAGACAAUGUCAGCAGAGGCAUGAGACGACUUCGGAUCCUCCUCUAUCUCCGAAUGAAUCAGCUGCGCAUCCUCAUCUAUCGCCCAGUCCUCCAUUCCCCUUCCAGUAUCGCCGAAGACCGUGGCCACGCCCAGACCGUGGUCGACAUCGCCAAAGACACUGUCCGCGUCCUGACCCGCCUCAACCAAAUGUCUGAUAUCUACCGCACCCAACAAAUCACCUUUAAUUACUUCCUCGUGGCAGCAUUGGCAGUCCUCUUCCUUGCGGUGUCGCAUGCUCCCGCCGAUUUCAACCGCCAAGUCCGGGACGAGUUCUACAUGGCGCUCGACUUGAUCAAUGGAUUUAGCACGAAGUCAUACGUGUCCAAACGUCUCUGGAAGACCAUCAAGGGCCUCCGGAAGAUUGGAGAAAAGCUGGGCGUUCUAGCUCGGCCAUUUGGUUCGAACUCAGCGGAUCCUCACUCCAAUGCUGCUGUCGCUAUGGCUGGUUUGGCUGGUCAUUCUAUUGAAGAUUUGUCCAUGUAUGGACCUGUCAAUGGUCAUGAACUUGGAAACAGUCCUUUGAAUGGGCUUCAAAUGAGUCAUGAGUUGACGAAUCUGUUCGAGGCUGUCGGUGCUUUUGGCAAUUUCUUACCUCCUGCUGAUGGUAUCGGUGGGUUUGUUGGACCUGAUGGGGAGCUUGCCAACACUGGAGAGGGACUGUCUGGGGUUUUAGGAGACGAGGGUGAGUUUGCUCGGGCGAUUCGAGAUUUAUUUUAG